AUGGAAGUGAGGUCUGCUUCCAUCGAUCAGUCUGUUGCCUCCAGAGGCCAGCCAGACUUUAGGCCGGAGAAAGUUGCAGAUGGCGAGCUCGAAACCGGUGCCACCGACAAAAAGAAAGACGCCGCGGCGACUCUGGGUACCGACCAAGAUGGCAAAGACGACAGUGCAUUCCCACGCGGCAUCAAGCUUGCAUUGAUCCUCGGGUCAUCCUAUUUGAGCAUGUUCCUAGUAGCUCUGGAUCGACUCAUUGUUACUACAGCCAUACCCAAGAUCACGGACGAGUUUCAUACGGUGACGAAUGUCGGCUGGUACGGCUCUGCAUAUCUUUUGACAAAUUGCGCCUUCCAGCUAUUCUUCGGCAAGCUCUAUGUCGUAUACAGUAUCAAGCUCGUUUUCUUGACGAGCAUCCUGAUCUUUGAAAUCGGUUCUGCUGUCUGCGGCUCGGCGCCCACCUCCAAUGCCUUCAUCGUCGGUCGUGCUAUCGCAGGAGUGGGCAGCGCCGGCAUCUUCUCUGGAGCAAUCACAAUUCUGGUGUAUUGUCUUCCUCUUCAUCGCCGCCCGUUCUACCAAGGUCUGUUUGGCGCUGUAUUUGGCGUUGCAAACGUUAUUUCUCCUCUCCUUGGUGGUGCAUUCACUGACAGCACCGCUACAUGGAGAUGGUGCUUCUAUAUCAACCUCCCUGUCGGUGCUUUCUCGAUAAUAUGCAUUGCCUGUUUAUUUCGGAUUCCCGAUCAGAAGAUAACCCACCUUCGCACAAGACAGAAGCUGGCCCAGCUUGAUGGCCCGGGCCUCCUCACUCUCCUCAGUGGUGUUACUUGCCUCCUGCUCGCCCUUGAAUGGGGAGGCACGACCUACUCUUGGAACAAUGGGCGUAUCAUCGCACUUCUCGCCAUUGCUGUAGUUCUUCUGAUCUGCUUCAUUGGCAUACAGAUUGCGUGUCCGAAAACCGCCACGAUCCCGCCCUCUAUCUUCGUCCAACGCAGUAUCAUGACGGGGUCUCUUGCUAUGUUUACAAGCGGUGCGACUAUGAUGAUCACCUUCUACUAUUUACCAAUAUGGUUCCAGGCUAUUGAGGAAACCAGUGCUGUUGAAUCCGGUCUCCGCAUCCUCCCGCUUGUUAUAGCACAAGUCACAGGAUCUCUCGCCGGCGGCAUUGGGAUUCAAAAAAUGGGAUACUAUACUCCAUUCAUGAUGGCUGGCAUCAUCAUGAUGGCUGUUGGGGCUGGCCUUCUCACCGUGCUCCAGGUCGAUACCUCCGAGGGCGAGUGGAUUGGAUACCAGAUUCCCUAUGGCAUCGGACUGGGAAUCACAUUGCAAGCGCCUCUCUUGGCAAGCCAGACCGUUCUCGCUGUCCAAGACGUUUCCAUCGGGACUUCACUCAUGUUCUUCUCUCAGCUCUUAGGCGGCUCCAUUUUUGUCAGCGUCGGGCAGAACCUCUUUGACAACUAUUUCAUUGAGGGUUUAAAUGGCGUUCCUGGUGUGGAUGUUGCCACGAUUCUCGAGGAGGGGGCGACGGCGAUCACUAAUAUAUCUGAGCCGGCAAAGAGCGUCGUAGUCGCAGCUUACAACAAUGCGUUGAAGAAGGUUUUCAUCGCUGGGCUGGCCAUGGCGUGCUUCACAUUGCUUGGCGCUUCGGGCAUGGAGUGGAAAAGUGUCAAGAAGACCGUUUCUGAGGAGGAUUCUGAGCGCUAA